AUGGUGGCCUCGAAAUUGUCUGGCCUCAAGGGUCUCAUCAACAACGCCGCCAUGGAAGAAGCGGCCGCCAAGAACAUUAAGUGCAAAUGGCGGUCCGUCCAGUCCGUCGUCGUGUCCUCCGCCGUGGUCCUGUGCUUGCUCCUCUACGCCUCGCGCUUCUCCGCGCCCACCCCGUACGGCGCCACCGGCUUGUUCGGGCCGCGCGCUGGCGGCGACGCGGAGGAAGACGGCGGCGCGCUGGUUCUUGACAACCAGGUGCGAUCCCCGUGCUCGUCGCUGCUCAGCCACAGCAUCUGCUGCGACCGCUCGGACUACAACGCCGACGCCUGCUUCAUGGUCGGCGACGUGCGCACGGACGCCGCGUCCCUGUCGCUCCUGCUGUUCCCGCCGCAGGUGCCGGCGCCCGGCGCCACCGCGGAGGAGGAGCGGAUACGGCCCUACACUCGCAAGUGGGACGGGAAAAUCAAUGGAACAAUCCCCGAAGUGCGGCUCCGGGUGGCCCGGCCGGAGGAGGCCGCCGAGCACCGGUGCGACGUCCGGCACGACGCGCCGGUCCUCGUCAUGACGGCGGGGGGCUACAACCACAACUACUUCCACGCGUUCAACGACGGGUUCUUGCCGUCCUGGCUGAUGGUGCAGCACCUCCGCCGCCGCGUCGUGCUCGCGGUCCUCGCAUACAACCCGCGGUGGGCCGGCACGUACAAAGAGAUCAUCUCCGGCCUCUCAGGCUACCACGUCAUCGACCUGCUCAAGGACAAGAGGACGCAUUGCUUCCCCGGUGCCAUCGUCGGGACCCGCUUCCACGGCUACCUCACCGUCGACCCCGCCAGGCUGCGGGACAAGAAGACCAUCGUAGACUUCCACCAGUUUCUCGCCGGCGUGUACGAGUCGUCCCAACAAGGCAGCAAGCCGGCCGAGAUUGUAGUACGGCGGCGGCCAAGGCUCGGGAUCGUGUCGCGCAGGGGGACCCGCGUGAUCGAGAACCAGGCGGCCGUGACGCAGCUCGCGACAUCGAUGGGGUUCGACGUGGACAUCCUGGAGACGCCGGCCAACGACAAGCCGCUCUCCGCCGUGUACGCGUCCGUGAGCGCGUGCGACGCGCUGGUGGGCGUGCACGGCUCCGACAUGACCAGCUUCCUGCUCCUGCGAGGCGGCGCGGCAGUCACCCAGAUCGCGCCGCUGGGCCUCGCCCAGCUCUCGCGCGACCUCUUCGGCACGCCGGCCCUCAAGAUGGGGCUGCACUACGAGCAGUACGACGUGCGCGGGCACGAGAGCUCGCUGAGCCGCAGGUACUCUCUGCACCACGUCGUCGUGGCCGACCCGGAGAGGGCGAAGCUGAAGCAGGGGAGCAGCAACGAGUGGGAAUGGGACUGGGACUUCAUCGGGCGCGUGUACCUGGACGGGCAGAACGUGAGCCUGGAUCUGGCCAGGUUCAGGGAGACGCUGGCCAGGACGCACUCUCUACUCCUGCAGCAACAAGAACGGGUGUGA